AUGUCCGAGGAACACGAUGCCGACACCGAGGGCGUGUCGGUCGGCCCUGCGGAGAAGCGCAGCGGCGAUGCCACUGAGUCCAAGAGUCGAUUUGUCAAGCGAGCAAUAGAGAUGACUGCAGAUAAGUUGACAAGGAGCAAGUCCGCCGGAAACAAGUCACAGCUGUCCCAAAGCCAGCCCUCAUUACCGGCACAGACUCCUAGUCGUAUCCUGAGUUUAAGGAAUCGAGGGAAGGGGAAGGAGAAAUCUAAUGGCAGCAGCAGUCCUGGUGAAGGGGACCCGUCAGAUUUUCAUUCGCAGCUACUGCCUUCACCGAGGCUCAACGAGCGAUCAUCCGCGACGUACCGCCGUCAAAUGCGACCAGCUUCAUCGCGUUCUAAGGAUGAUGAUUCUCCUUUCAUUACGCCACGUUCACCUUCGUUAGGUCCGAAGAGACCUGAGUUACAAACUUUCCGUGGCACUGGAUCGAUACGCGCAGGAACACAAGCUCUGAUUCAAGCUUUGCAAGCCGUACCAUGGACUGAUUAUCAAGAUGAGGAGGAGUACUUGGCCCAAGACAAUGCACCUCUCGAUUCCUCAAGUGACGAAGAGGAUGGUUCGUCUGGGAAUAGGAUGGCGUCCUCAAUACACACAAUUCAUCGCCCAGUAGCUCGUUCAAAACGGGGAGAAUCCACUUGUUCUAUUGCCAGGGCUCCCGGACUACCAAGGGUUCCAGAUAACGAAGAGCUUCCACGGCUGGAAGAGCAGAUUUUGUCAGAGGAGGAUAUUGACGAUGACUUCGAACCCGAACAGCCGGGUCCCAUUAACUCUCAAAGCCUGGAUAUUGAGGACGGUCAACGCACACCGUCUCAGUCGCCUGAGGAUACUGACAUGUCUCCAACGCAUCCUGCUAGAAGGAGCCUCAAUCGUUCAGGCAGCUUGUCUACCGUGAAGAUUCAGCGAAGGACGCGCUUGGCAGAGAAAUUGAGAGAUAUUUUCGAGCUCGAUGGCAUCCACGAGGUCAUCUCAGAGAUGCCCUGUUGGCUGCUUAGAUCAGUUUUGCUGCAAGGAUACAUGUACCUGACCGAUUCGUACCUUUGCUUUUUUGCUCAUAUGCCGUCGAAGGAGGACCAAGUCCUUAAAUCGGGAUCCCUAUCGAAGAAGGCACAACGUACGAAGAGAUGGAUCCGGCACUGGUUUGUGCUGAAAAAUGACGUGCUAUCUUGGUAUCAGUCUCCUUCGGACCCGUACUUCCCUCAUGGGAUUGUGGACUUGCGUUAUGCGAUUACCUGUGAAUCGGUCGGCGAUAAGGGAAUUCGUUUGAGAACAAAUCAGAAAAGCAUUCGACUUUCUGCUGAUUCUACUCCAAGUCGCGAUGAAUGGGUCAAGGCCCUCAAGCGAGUCAUGUUCAAAGCUCAGAAUAUGGGCGAUUGUGUCAGGAUCGCCAUCCCUUAUUCGGCUGUCGCUGACGUCGAUAGAUCUUCUGCCAUGGAUUUUAGCGAAACGAUCGAAGUCAAGGUUGUUGACAAGGGUGAUCAAAUGGCGAUUGAUUCGUAUUUCUUCGCGUAUUUUCGCGACUUGCCCCUCGCUCUCGAGCAAAUUCGCGAUGCAGUACGUAUGAACCGAGGGAUAUCUAGCGACACUCUCAUACCGACAGUUUUGGACACAACCGUCUCACGACCUUCAGCCUCAACUAGCACCCCCCGUACCCAGAGCUUACCCGCACCGGAGUCAACGCCCAAAUCAUCUUCUGGUUUCCGGCUGCCGUCGCUUCUCCGUCCGUUACAGGAGGGAUUACCACUUAGCCGUCCUGGUGUGACUGCCGAGCGUUCUGACAGUGAAGAGUUUACGCACAUCGCCAAGAGAACAACGGGGUCAUUCAUGCCUAUAACCACAUCACCGAUAUCCUCAAUGUACUCGGCGACAGAGCGUUCCCGCAGUCCCGAAGGCGGUGCUCCAAGUUCAGAAGAGGUAGCUGACGAAUCUCUGUCUGGAUCUCACCACACAUAUCCUCCAUCACCAUCACCUUCCCCAUCACUCUCUGAACUUACUGUAUCGCCCAGCAGAGAUAGUUCGAUCAGCUCGUGGGGCGUUGGAGUUCCUUCGUGGCUCAGAAUGCCAUCUAUGCCAUCGCGUAGGACACUAACCAGUGCCUUUGGUGCUUACAAGACAAGCCCGGAACAGACCAUUUCAUCAACCGAAGGCAGCGCUGAAGGGGUGUCCGAAGUGCUAUCUUCCAACGCAGGCUCAGGAAGUCGGAUGUCUUCUGGCUCUGGGCCUGUUGACUUUGGCUACUUCAGCAUCCUUGAAACUCCAGAGACAACGCUUGAUGUGGAGACAGUAGAGCAAUUCCGUGUCUCGUUUGCCUUCGAUGAGAAGGAGAGUCUUCUAGGAGUCUUCCCUGGGUACAUCUUCCGCUUGCUCCCUGUCUACGGUCGGCUGUAUAUAUCUACACACUACUUCUGCUUCAAGUCUAGUGGUCCUUUGGCGACGCGAACUCGAAUGGUUUUACCCAUUGGGGACGUGUUGUCAACCGAAAAGACAAAGGCGUUUAGAUUUGGACACCAUGGUUUGGUUCUCAUUGUUAGGGGACAUGAAGAACUGUUCUUUGAAUUUGCCGAUCAUGAACGCCGAGAUGCAUUCAUCAAUCUUCUUGAACGCCAGAUAGAAGAUGUGCAUCGUCGUUCACAAGCUGGAGAUCCUUGCCGGCGCGACACCCUUACUGUUGAAGAGUCAGGACCACGAAGUUCGUUUGACAAUGAUAACAUGGCGUCGAGCGCGCUUCCUGCAGUAAUGUUCAAUUCUACGUCAUCUACAUUCUUGACUUUCAAGCCUAAAGAAUCCCUCCACUUCACUUUCUUGACAAUUGGCUCUCGUGGGGAUGUCCAGCCGUAUAUUUCCUUAGCCAAAGGACUUAUCAAGGACGGGCAUCGUGCGCGCAUUGCUACGCAUGGAGAGUUCAAAGAGUGGAUCGAAUCGCACGGCAUUGAGUUUGGUUUUGUUGGAGGUGAUCCAGCAGAGCUAAUGCGCAUAUGUGUGGAGAAUGGCACCUUUACAGUCUCCUUCCUCAAGGAGGGCGUGAUGAAGUUCCGCGGGUGGAUAGAUGACCUACUCAAGACGUCAUGGACAGCCUGUCAAAACACCGAUGUUUUAGUGGAGAGUCCGAGCGCCAUGGCUGGCUAUCACAUUGCGGAAGCUCUCAAGAUUCCAUAUUUCAGAGCUUUCACUAUGACGUGGUCGCGAACCAGGGCCUAUCCACAUGCUUUUGCGGUUCCAGAUCAUAAGAUGGGCGGCAACUAUAAUUACAUGUCUUAUGUUCUGUUUGACCAAGUCUUCUGGCGCGGAACUGCCGGUCAGAUCAAUCGAUGGAGACGCAAUACAUUGAAUCUUCCUGGCACUAGUUUGGAUAAAAUGGAACCUCAUAAAAUACCUUUCCUAUAUAAUUUUAGCCCCGUGAUCGUACCUCGGCCAUUGGACUGGCCUGAAUGGAUUCAUGUAACUGGCUAUUGGUUCUUGGAUGAUGCCAAUGUCAGCUCUCAUAAAUGGACGCCCCCAGCCGAUCUCCUUGAUUUCCUUGAGACUGCACGCAAAGCGAAGAAGAAGGUCGUAUACAUCGGUUUCGGUAGCAUUGUCGUCUCCGACCCCAAGGCGAUGACUCGUUGCGUCAUCGAAGCUAUUGUCCGCAGCGGCGUCUACGCCAUCCUCUCAAAGGGAUGGUCGGAUCGGCUUGUCAAGAACGUAGCUGAUGCACCUGAGCCCGAGGAACCACUACCAAAGCAGAUAUACUCCGUGUCAUCGAUUCCUCAUGAUUGGUUGUUUCAGCGAGUUGAUGCUGCAUGUCAUCAUGGUGGUGCUGGGACUACCGGCGCUAGCUUGCGAGCCGGUAUCCCGACCAUCAUCAGACCAUUUUUUGGAGAUCAAUUUUUCUGGGCGGAUCGUGUGGAAGCGAUGGGGAUUGGUAGCGCUGUUCGAAAGUUGACAGUGGAGAGUCUUACACAGGCACUCAUCACUGCUACCACGGAUCAGAGGCAAAUUCAACGUGCGAAGGCAGUGGGAGAGCAGAUUCGUAAUGAGGACGGCGCAGCCACGGCAAUUGAAGCCAUCUACCGCGACCUCGAAUACGCUCGAUCAUUAGUGAAACGUGGUCCCGCCGUCGACACCGAAGAUGAGGAUGUCGAUGCCGAACGCGCGACGAUCCGCGAUUAUCCAUCUUCCCCAGAACGCUCUGGAACGCGAUCUGCUAGCAGUUCCGUCAGCUCUGCGCGUGUGAGCGAUUGGAGCGUCAUCUCCGAGUAG